AUGAAUGAACAAGCUUCAUUUAAAGUGACUGAUCCAUUUCAAAUAGUUUUAUUAGAGAAUGAACCAAUUUUAGAUGAAAUAGAGGAAGAAUUAACAAUAGAAAAAGGGAUAAUCAAAUAUGAAGAAAAAGAAAGAAUAAUAACAAGUAAAGACGGGAGAAUAUUAAAACAUUGUCAAAAUGUAUUAAAUCAAAUAACACAAAAAUAUAAUUAUUAUAUAUUUAAAGUAAAAAUAAAACCACAAUUUAAUGAAGAAUUAGUAAAUAUUCAUUUAAAUUCAUUAACUAGAAUUAUAGGGAUAUACAAAGAAUUAAAAUUUAACAAAUUAGAUUUACCAGUAGAAAAUGAGAUAUAUGAUUAUGUUGUAUAUACAAAUCCUCAAACUAAUAAAAAUGGAAUUGAAUUAUUCAUAAAGACAUUAAUUAAAAUUAAUGUAUUUAAUGCUUAUUAUGAUUUAGUUGAAUUACCUGAAUUAUUCAAAUCUAAUUUUAUUGAAAUUUGUAAUAUCCUUAAAACAAACUCUUUAACUUCAAUUCCUUUUAAACUUGAUAUUAAUUCAUCUCCUCAAAUUUUUGGAUUUGAACAUUGUUUUAAACAAUUAAUUCAUUUUAUUGAGAGUGUUCAAAAAAGUCAAUUUACUACUUUAAAAAUUAAAUUUAAAAAUCAUUUGACUUUCUUUCAUAAAGCAUUUUAUGAAGAAAAAUUUGCAACUUUAACCACUCAAGCAAACUGGGAUAUUAUUAAGCUUCAAUAUAAAAUUUUCUUUAAAGAAGUUAAACCAGGUUUAUUUGACUGUUUCGUUAAAGCUCCUAAUAAUGUUAUUAAAAUUGUUAUUUCUCAAAUUACUGAAUUUUUUAAUAAUAUCGUUUUAAUUACUGUUAUUAAUAACGUUAAAAAGUCUGAUGAAAAAGAUUUACUUCUAUUCUCAAGAACUCAUGACACUCCUUAUAAUGCACUUUAUUUCAUCAGUCAUGGAAAAGUGAAUCAAAUGAUUGCUGUUAUUAAUCUGUGUAAAGAUUUUCAUUCAGUUAAUAUGAUGACUUAUAAAGAGGAAUUAACUAAUUUUAUUUUCGAAAAAUAUAUCACUUCAUUACCUCAAAAUGAAGACUUGGAAUUUGAGGAAUUAGAUAUUCCAGAAUUAGUUAAGUCUCCAACUAACAUAAUAAGUCAAUCAAAAAAUAUACCAAAUCUUAUUGAUGAAAAUUUCAACCAAAAAACUAAUGAUUCUGCAAAUCAAUCUGGAGAUUGUACUUUUGAAAUUGAUAAUAAUCUUGAAUCUCAAUCACAAAAUGAAAUAAUAAAUAUUCCAAAUGAAAAUCAUUCACUUUCAUUCCAUCAAGAAUAUUAUGAUGAAAAUACUGAGUCAAAUUAUUAUGAAGAUAAUUAUUUCAAUCAAACAAGUUACAAUGAACAACUCAAUCAAGAAAACUUUUCUCAUGAUGACCAACAAUGUGAACCUCCUCCUCUUCCACCAAAACCAAAAAGACUUCAAAAAGAAGAACAUCCCAUUCAAGAAAGUACCAAUGUUAUUAAUAGUCUUCAAGAAAAAGAAAGUCAAGAGUCUUUUUACACCUUAGAAACAAAUGAAAAAAUAACUGAUCAAACACAAAUUAUUUCACAAGAAGAACUACAACCAAUAACUUUACCUAGUCCUUGUGUUGAGGAUAAACAAACUUAUUAUAAUGUACUGUCAGACUCAUGUGAAAAACAAAAUGAAAUCAAUCAACAAAAUCUUUGUGACCAAAUACCUCAACAAGAAGACUCUGAACCUUAUAAUGAAUAUACUGUCUCACAAAUAUCUGAAGAAAAACAUCAAGAAGAAGUAAUAGAAAGAAAUCAAUAUAAUGAUCCAAUUAGUGAACACGUCAAUCAAAGUCAAGUUGAGAGUAAUACUGAUAAAAUAAACCAAGAACAAGUUACUAUUUCUGUUUUAGGAGAAGAGUUACAAGAGAUAGAAAAUAAUACAAAUAAUAUACCUAAUGACCAACAAUGUUAUGACCAUUUUAUUGGACAAGAAAAUGAAGAUGACAUUCAAAUAGUUAGACAAAUUUCUAGAAGACCAACCAGAUCAUCUAAAAACAGAAAACCAGCAACAAAAAAAUUAUUUGAACAAUUGAAAGAAAUGAAAAUAGAAGAAUUAAAAGAAGAAAUAAAAAGCAAUGAAGAAUUAAAAGAAGAAAUAAAAGAGAAUGAAAUUAAAGACACAACACAAGAAGAAAUUAAUAAAAAAGAAAUAAAUUCACAGGAGUCUUAUCAAAUUGAUACUAAAUUAACAGAAGAAGAGAACCAAAAUAAUAAAGAACCAAAUAUUAUUGAUCAACAAAACGAAUGUCAAGUUGAAGAAAAAACUAUAAAAACAUCUAAUGACCAAUUAACAAAAGACCAAAUUGAUAAGAAACACUCAAAUGUUAAUCAAAUGUUAUUAGAAGAUUUACAAAAAACAUUACAUACUACAAAAAAAGAAAAUAAACCUUCUAUUAAUUCUACAAAUUGUAUAAAUGAAAAUACUACAAACCAAUCUUUUCUUCCAAUACUUCAAAUUAAACUUAAAAAAACUUCUCCUAUAAAAAAACAUGAAUUACCAAUUCAAGAAGAAGAAACAGAAUUUCAAAAAAUAAUGAAAAAACGAAGAGAACAAAGUAAUUAA